CUGCCCGCAUUGCGACACGGAGGUCGCUCUCCGAGCUGGGGUUACUGGCGGCUGGGAUGGCUGUAUGGCCCGCUGGCGCCCAGCCCGCCCCUCCUGGCGCGGAAGCCCCUUCGCACUGACCCGGUGUGGGCCACGGCGACACGGGCUGUCGGCCGCACUACGCUCCGCUCCCCGAUGUCAACCUGGUCCUGAAUAUUGAACCUGUGACUACCUUCUUGAUUACAUCCGAGAAAAGGCUCCCAGAGUUCUGUGUUUGGUGUUUUUUUGUUGUUGCAGCUAUCACAAAUAUAAAUGAUUCCUAAAACUUCAGCCUAGAUCUCCUUCCUGGAUUACUAUACAGGCAUACCUCAGAGAUAUUGUGGGUUCAGUUCUAGACCACUACAAUAAAGCAAGUAUUGCAAUAAAGAUCCUGAUUGUGUUAAUGCUUUACAUUACACCUCAGUGCUCCCCAUAAAGCCGAGAUAUGCCCACUGGCAAGACUUUUAUGAAAUUUGAGAGUGAAGCCAAAGUAAAAACCAAAGUUCGUUUUGAGGAAUUGCUUAAGACUCACAAUGAUCUAAUUCAUGAAAGAAAGAAACUGAAGAAAAAAAUUGGCAGAUCGAAAGAAAAUACCUCACUUGACACUGUUAGAAGCAAUCUUCAGAAAAUUAAAGAAACUACAAGUAAAGUAAUUACUGCUAACACUAAUAACCCCGAAAAGAGCAUGCCAGUCACUAAAAACAAACCAAGCAGUCCACAGUCAACAGCUGAAAACCCAGACGAUGAUAUUAGCGUAGAGGAGGACAAGCAAGAAAAGGCAAAUAAGAAGGUUAUAAAAACAAUGUGCCAAGAAAUGGGACUGGAAACUCCUGAGAAGAAAAUAGAGAUAUCACAUCCAGAUGUUGCUCAUCAGAAAAGUGAAAAAGCAAAUGAAGAAGAAGAAAAUAAUUUAGAUGAGGAAGAAGAACUGAAGCAAGUAUACCAGUCCCAGGUAGCUGAAGAAAUGGCAAAGGAGAUUAAGAAGAAAAUAAGAAAGAAACUCAAAGAACAGUUGAUUUAUUUUCCCUCAGAUACUUCCUUGCAUGAUGACAAACUGAGCAGUGAAAAAAGAAAAAAGAAAAAAAAGAAAGUUCCAAUCCCGUCUAACACUGAAACAAGUACAUUACCCGUCUCUGAUCACCCAGUUGAAGGUGAACCAAAGAAGGAAAGUCCAGUUGGAACAGUUACUUUAGAUUGUCAUCAAAAUGAUGAAAUAACUUCAGUGAAACAAAACAUAGACGACAGCAUGCAAGAUGACACAAAAUCCAAAUCAAAAAAAAAGAAAAAGAAGCCUAAAGCAGUAGGGGCCUUCUGCCAGGAGCCACGACAGGAUUCUCAACCUCUAGCUGCACCCAGAAUUGAUGAUAAUGAAGACACUAAUGGUGAUGAUGGUGUUCAUGAAAUAACAAGUCGAGAUAGUCCAGUUUAUCCCAAAUGUUUGCUUGAUGACGACCUUUUCCUGGGAGUUUACAUUCACCGAACUGAUCGACUUAAGUCAGAUUUUAUGAUUUCUCACCCGAUGGUAAAAAUUCAUGUGGUUGAUGAGAAUACUGGUCAAUAUGUCAAGAAAGAUGAUAGUGAACGGCCUGUUUCGUCUUACUUUGAAAAAGACAAUGUGGAUUAUAUUCUUCCUAUUAUGACCCAGCCAUAUGAUUUUAAACAGUUAAAAUCAAAGCUUCCAGAGUGGGAAGAGCAAAUUAUAUUUAAUGAAAACUUUCCCUAUUUGCUUCGAGAACUUGAUGAGAACCCUAAAGUCAUCCUAUUCUUCGAGAUUCUUGAUUUCUUAAGCAUAGAUGAAAUUAGGAAUAACUCUGAAAUUCAAUAUAAAAAAUGCGGCUUUCGGAAAAUUGCCUGGGCAUUUCUCAAGCUUCUAGGAGCCAAUGGAAAUGUAAACAUCAAUUCAAAACUUCGCUUGCAGCUGUAUUACCCACCUGCUAAGUCUCGAUCACAGUUAAAUGUCAUUGAGGUUUUUGAAUGGUGGUCAAAAUGUCCAAGAAAUCGUUAUCCAUCAACGUUGUAUGUAACUGUAAGAGGAUUGAAAGUUCCAGAAUGUAUAAAGCCAUCUUAUCGUUCUAUGAUGACUCUUCAGGAGGAAAAGGGUAAACCAUUGUAUUGUGAACAACACCAUGAGUCAAGUUCUGUAGAGACGGAACCUGGAUUAGAAGAUUCAAAGGAGGUAGUAAAAUGGAAACGACUGCCUGGGCAGGCUUGCCGUAUCCCAAACAAGCAGCUCUUCUCACUAAAUGCGGGAGAACGAGGAUGUUUUUGUCUCGCUUUCUCUCACAAUGGAAGAAUAUUAGCAGCAGCCUGUGCCAGCCGGGAUGGAUAUCCUAUUAUUUUAUAUGAGAUUCCUUCUGGACGUUUCAUGAGAGAAUUGUAUGGCCACCUCAAUAUCAUUUAUGAUCUCUGCUGGUCAAAAGAUGACCGCUGUAUCCUUACUGCAUCAUCUGAUGGCACUGCCAGGAUAUGGAAAAAUGAAAUAGAUAAUACAAAGACUUUCAGAGUUUUACCUCAUCCUGCUUUUGUUUACACGGCUAAAUUCCAUCCAGCUGUAAAAGAACUGGUGGUUACAGGGUGCUAUGAUUCUGUGAUACGCAUAUGGAAAGUUGAUAUGAGAGAGGAUCCUGCCGUAUUGGUCCGACAGUUUGACACUCACAGGAGUUUCAUCAACUCCCUCUGUUUCGAUAUUGAAGGUCAUCACAUGUAUUCAGGAGACUGCACUGGGGUGAUCGUUGUGUGGAAUACCUACGCCAAAGUUAAUGAUGUGCAACAUUCAGUCCGCCAUUGGAGUGUUGAUAAGGAGAUUAAAGACAGUGAGUUUAAGGGGAUUCCAAUAAGUUAUUUGGAGGUUCAUCCCAGUGGAAAACGUUUGUUAAUUCAUACCAAAGACAGUACUUUGAGAAUUAUGGAUCUCCGAAUAUUAGCAGCAAGGAAGUUUGUAGGAGCCGCAAAUUAUCGGGAGAAGAUUCAUAGUACUUUGACACCAUGUGGGACUUAUCUCUUUGCUGGAAGUGAAGAUGGCAUAGUAUAUGUUUGGAAACCAGAAACAGGAGAACAAGUAGCAAUGUAUUCUGACCUGCCAUUCAAGUCACCCAUUCGGGACAUUUCUUAUCAUCCACUUGAAAAUAUGGUUGCAUUUUGUGCAUUUGGGCAGAAUGAGCCAAUUCUUCUGUAUAUUUAUGAUUUCCAGGUUGCCCAGCAGGAGGCUGAAAUGUUCAAACGUUACAAUGGAACGUUUCCAUUCCCUGGAAUACACCAAAGUGAAGAUGCUUUGUGCACCUGCCCUAAACUGCCUCAACAAGGCUCUUUUCAGAUUGAUGACUAUGUCCACACUGAAGAUUCUUCAAUGAAGAUGCAGCAAGUGAAACAAAGACUCGAUUCUGUCACAGAGGUGAUGCGAGCCUGUGCUGCAAAAGUCAACAAAAAUCUCUCGUUUACUUCAACCCCAUCCUCUUCACAACAGUCUAAGUUAAAACAGUCGAACGUGCUGGACACUCGUCAGAUUCUGCGUCGGUUUGAUUUCACUCAGACCGGAAUUUUCAACAUAGGAACGAUGCCUUGUAACCAUCAUGUAGAUGGACCACCAAAGGUAGUGGCUCUUUAUGACUACACAGCGAAUCGAUCAGAUGAACUAACCAUCCAUCGCGGAGACAUUAUCGGAGUGUUUUUCAAAGAUAAUGAAGACUGGUGGUAUGGCAGCUUAGGAAAGGGACAGGAAGGGUAUUUUCCAGCUAAUCAUGUGGCUAGUGAAACACUGUAUCAGGAGCUGCCUCCAGAGGUAAAGGAGCGAUCCCCUCCUUUAUCCCCCAAGGAAAAAACCAAAAUAGAAAAACCUUCAUCUUCUAAAAAGUCAGUCAAUAAGGACAAGUCUCAGGACUUCAAACGGGGCUCAGAAUCUAUGACACAUUCUGACGUGGGCAAAGAACAGAGCCGUGGAUGCCCAGGACACGUAAAGGAGAUGCCGGUGAAGAAGAAUGAGCAAACCGGCUGAAAAGUCAGUCUCAUAGAGUGAAGAGUAGAAGAAGCAUCAAGGGACAAAGAACCAAGUACACAGAAAUGAAAUGACACACCUAAUGGAAUUUCUCUUCAAAGUUUCUAAUUUCCAGAAACUAAGGAAGAAAAGAAGAAUCCACUAUACCUGUCCUUAUGAAAGAAUCUAGAAACAUCAGGUAUGCUUGGAAAAAUAAACGUGGCCUUUUGAGCUUAAUUGUUAUAAACCAUUGUGAUUGUUGUCGAUCAAAGAAUUGACAUUUAUCUUUAUUAGUAAUUGCAUCAAAAUUACAUUACCACUGUUGGAAAAACAAUAAAGGAAAAACCAUAGACGCUACUCAGCAAAUGUAAAGAAAAAGCAUUUGCAUUGUUAGGGAGUUCAUUAAGUAAUCGUUUAUUUAAUAUUAUUGUAUCUGUAGUGUGGUUAUUAGUAUCUGUAAUUUGUUUAUAUGUGACGUUAUACUCAAAAUAUAAAGUAUCUACUUUUGAAAUUAACUUUAUUUAAAAUACCUCUUUCAGAAUAUUAUAUAUUCAAAAUGGUUUUAGUAAGAAAGGCAUUAAAUGGGAACAAAUUUGUUUAGAAUGAAUCAUAUAUAUAACUUGAUACAGAUAAACUAAAGUGGCUUUUAGCUGGACUGGCAACAGUGUUCCAAAUUUCUUUACAUUUUUUUUAAAAAGCCUUUCAUAUUGAAGCAUGUGUGAUUUCUACACUAACGUUUAAUAUUUAUUUUAGUCUUACUAUUUCAUUUUAAAUUAUUACAUUGAGUUAUUUAUUUUAUUAGUUCCAGAAUAAGUCCAAAAUGUGUGGUCAUUACUAUACGAUUAUACAUUUUGAAGUAUGAUGUUAUAAUAGAAAACAUUUAUUUUUUUUCUUCACUCUUCUCCUUUCUCAAGUAUGUGAUUAUAAGUCUGUCAAUAAAAUAUUUAACCCCCAAAAGGUAAAAACUAAUAUAAAAUUAGAGAACAUACCAAAUUAGACAAUUGAUUCCAUUAAAAUAAGAAGUGAGAAAAACAGUGUUGGGCACUGAGGUGUAAAUUUUGCCCAGAUGUAUCCCCGAUGUGAAAUAUCUUCUAGUAAAAAUAUAUUUGGCUCUUAUCCCUGCACAUGUUGUAGAGGCAUGAAAAUUGGUAAACAUGCCCCUGCUGUGUAGAACUUUGGGGGUGGGGGGAGCAUUUUUGAAAGUGGAGUGUGGCAUUGCAUUGAUGCCCAGUGAAGCCUUCAGCAAUCAGCACGAAAGUCUGUUCUGAGAGCCCUGAGUUCCCACUGUUCUAGAUGUGUAUGCCUGUGCUUCGGUCACAGCUGGGCCCAGCCAGCUUGAGUCACCCUUGUACAAGCUUGUUUUUUCUGUCUUGUGAAUGCCCUUGAUAAUUAAAAAUAAAAAUAUGUGUCUCUCUUAUGGUUUCA